CCAGAUCCCACUCCUUGAUUCCCCUUCUUAUCCCCCCGCACUGGUUUCUUGCCGCCAAAUCUGCUCUCGAAAGAGUUUUCCUGAGCUUUGAACUCGAUCUCGAACGUCCUGCUGCGAGUGAUUCGUGAGCGAUCGGGGCGGUUGAAUUUCUGCCGCUGCAUUCUUUAUUUUCCCGUUCGGGUUAGAUUUGGUGACGGAGAUUUGAAUUUUUGAAUUACUGCCUUUCGCUUUAGUUGUUUGGUGUUUUCUUCGGUUAGUGGAGAUCUGUUGAAGCAGAGCUGGUUAGUGGUUGGGGGAGUUAGGUACGAGUUUGGUUGAAUGUGUGGAUUGUACGAUUUCGUUUCAAUGCUCAUCUUGUUUAGGGUUAGGUUGGUGUUGGUAGAUCCAUUUUGCUUUACUUACAUGGCAUGGCCUGCAUUGGGUGAAUGUGAGCAUCAGCAUUGAUUAGGUUCCGUUUGGUAGGUCCCUUGACUCUGCAAUCAUGGCCACUGGGCAACUCUUCUCUCGAACUACACAAGCCUUGUUCUACAAUUACAAGCAGCUUCCUAUUCAGCGGAUGCUUGAUUUCGAUUUCCUUUGUGGAAGGGAAACACCUUCUGUAGCUGGGAUUAUCAACCCGGGCUCAGAGGGAUUUCAGAAGCUGUUUUUUGGUCAAGAGGAAAUCGCUAUCCCAGUGCAUGGAAGCAUUGAGGCGGCCUGUGCUGCUCAUCCAACGGCUGAUGUAUUUAUUAACUUUGCUUCAUUUAGAAGCGCUGCAGCUUCAUCCAUGUCUGCUCUCAAACAGCCAACAAUUCGAGUUGUGGCCAUAAUAGCUGAGGGUGUUCCCGAGUCAGACACAAAGCAUUUGAUUGCAUAUGCACGAUCUAACAAUAAGGUUGUCAUUGGCCCUGCUACUGUUGGGGGAAUCCAAGCUGGAGCAUUCAGGAUUGGUGACACUGCUGGAACAAUUGAUAACAUUAUUGCUUGCAAGCUUUACAGACCUGGGUCUGUUGGAUUUGUGUCAAAAUCGGGUGGCAUGUCAAAUGAGCUUUACAAUACUAUUGCUCGUGUAACAGAUGGAAUUUAUGAAGGUAUUGCAAUUGGAGGAGACGUGUUCCCUGGAUCCACUCUUUCUGAUCAUGUUUUGCGGUUUAACAACAUUCCUCAGAUUAAGAUGAUAGUGGUACUUGGAGAACUUGGUGGACAAGAUGAGUACUCCCUUGUGGAAGCUCUCAAACAGGGCAAAGUGAACAAACCAGUUGUUGCUUGGGUCAGUGGAACUUGCGCCAGACUUUUCAAGUCAGAAGUUCAAUUUGGCCAUGCUGGUGCUAAAAGUGGUGGUGAAUUGGAGUCUGCACAAGCUAAGAAUCAAGCACUAAAAGAUGCUGGAGCUGUUGUGCCUACCUCAUUUGAAGCUUUUGAAGCUUCUAUUAAAGAGGCAUUCGACAAACUGGUCGAAGCAGGGAAGAUUGAAUCGGUUAAGGAGUUUACACCUCCACCAAUUCCAGAGGAUCUCAACACUGCGAUCAAGAGUGGCAAAGUUCGCGCCCCGACUCAUAUUAUUUCAACCAUUUCUGACGAUAGAGGUACUUUCAAUCAAACUGUAGGUGAGGAACCAUGCUAUGCUGGUGUGCCAAUGUCUUCAAUUGUUGAGCAGGGUUAUGGUGUUGGUGAUGUUAUCUCUCUUUUAUGGUUCAAACGCAGCCUCCCACGCUACUGUACCAAAUUUAUCGAGAUAUGCAUCAUGUUGUGCGCCGACCAUGGUCCCUGUGUCUCAGGAGCUCACAAUACCAUUGUCACAGCAAGGGCUGGAAAGGAUCUUGUUUCCAGCCUUGUAUCAGGUUUGCUGACAAUUGGUCCCCGAUUUGGUGGCGCCAUUGAUGAUGCUGCUCGAUACUUCAAGGAUGCUUAUGACAGGGGACUCACUCCCUAUGAGUUUGUUGAAAGCAUGAAAAAGAAGGGCAUCCGCGUUCCUGGAAUUGGCCAUAGGAUAAAGAGAGGGGACAACAGGGAUAAGAGAGUGGAGCUGUUGCAGGAAUUCGCACGCACAAAUUUCCCAUCUGUGAAGUACAUGGAGUAUGCCGUCCAGGUCGAGACCUAUACUCUAACAAAGGCCAACAACCUGGUCAUGAAUGUUGAUGGUGCGAUUGGCUCCCUCUUCCUCGAUCUCCUUGCUGGCAGCGGAAUGUUCACCAAGCCAGAGAUCGACGAGAUCGUCGAGAUUGGAUACUUGAAUGGCCUCUUCGUCUUGGCUCGUUCCAUUGGUCUCAUCGGGCACACAUUUGAUCAGAAGAGACUCAAACAGCCCCUAUACCGUCACCCAUGGGAAGAUGUUCUCUACACGAAGUGAGUUGCAACUCGGCCGAAAGUCUGUUUACGGUGCCAACAAAGCUUCUGGAGAUUCAUUACUUUCUAGCAUCAUCUGCAAAUUCACCCAUCGCAGGAGAUUCAAUGUUUUCGAUCGUUCGUUGCAGCCCACCAUUUGAUUUGUAAACUGUACCUUUCGAGAGUCAGAUUUGUGUUUUUUUUGCCAUUAGGGACCUUUCUAGUCCAUGAACAAAUAAUUGAGGGUUAGGGGAGCAAUUUCGAAUGUGUAUUUGCGAACCUUGUGCUUUUUUCUUUUCUUCAGAGAAUGUCUAUUUCAUUGUCGCGAUCUAAAGUUUGCUGCAUUUUUCAUGUUUCUUGAAGGAUGGGCAACGAUCCGUUCCAUAUCAAACCGGAUCGAACUUGAACUGAAUUGAACCUAUCUUAUAUCUAAAAAUAUGCCCUUUAGUUUGGUUGAAUGGAGCUGUACAGCGCACAUCCCU